AUGCCAGCUGAAAGAACUACUGGUGGUAUGACAAAGAGACUGAGAAGCAGUUCAGGUAAAGCUGUGCCUACUGCAAGUAAAACUCCUGCACCUAGAGUCAAAACAACAGGUGUUGGACCAAUGAAAGGAUGGAGUAAAGUCCUUGCUCCCACUAGCAAGAAGAAGGAGACCUUGAAUAGGAAGAAAGAAUCAUCAAGUGAUUCAGAUUAUGAUGCUGCAGAAGAUGUUCCAAACAUCUCAUCUCCCACACCUAAAACAAAAGCUACUGCAAAGAAAGUGUCCCAAAAUGUUGAAGAAGCUCCUUGUGACAACAUUUCCUUCCAUCGUGCUACUUUUGCUCUAAGAUGGGAUUACAUAUACCAGAGGAGACUAGAUAUGGAGAGAGAAUUGACAAAAGAUGCCCUGAAAUGUCAAGACAUCUUUCACUACAUCAAAGAAGCUGGUCUGCUGAAAACUGUUGGUGACUUCAGUCCCUGUUAUGAACUCCUGGUCAAAGAAUUCCUUGUCAACAUUCCUGAGAAGUGUGACAAUCCAUUGAGCAAGGACUAUCACAAGGUGUAUGUCAGAGGUAAAUGUAUCAAGUUUUCUCCUACUGUGAUCAAUAAUUAUCUAGGAAGGUUUGUUGAACCUAAGGCUGAGCUGGAGGUUGCAAAUGAUGUUGUGAUUUCUGAAAUUACUGAUGGUAAGGUCAAUGUGUGGCCUAAGAACAAGCUGAUACCCACUAGUAAGCUGAAUGUGAAGUAUGCCAUUCUGAAUAGGAUUGGGUCUACAAAUUGGGUACCAACCAAGCAUGCAACAAAUGUUGCAACAGGUUUGAGUCGUUUUAUUUAUGUUGUAGGAACCAAAGUAGAUUAUGAUUAUGGUUCUUUUAUUUUUUAUCAAACUAUAAAGCAUAUUAGAUCCACUGCUGUUAAGAUGCCCGUAGCAUUUUCAUCUUUGUUAUGUGGGAUCAUUUUGGAUCAAUACCCAGAUAUCAAGGUUGUGACUGAUACUCCUAAGAAAAGGGAAACUGCUUUCACUUUUCAUCACAAACUUUUUGGAGAUCAUAAUGUUGCAGACCAUGUUGGGACAUCUGCUGGUGAAGCUGGUCCUAUGACCAAAGUUGAGAUCAUUGCUGCUCUAAAAGUUCAAUGCCAAGAGAUUGAUAAGCAGAAAGAUGAGCUUGAGGAGAAGAAGAAAAUGUUUGUUACGAUGAUUCAAGGUCUGGAAGCUGAAGAUGCACCUGUCAAAGUUAAUGAAAAUGAGGAUGAGGAUGAGGAUAGCAGUGAUGAGGAUGAGGUCUAUGACACUGCUACAGAUGCGGAGGAUGAUGACUCUGAUAGCAGUGAUGAAGAAUGA